AUGACCGGACCAAGACUUACAGGCAAUGAACGAACACUUGACUUGACCAUCCGUAUUCCAUUCGGCCUCAGUCAUCCAGCCUUAACCCUUCAGCCUCGGUCGUCCAGCCUCAGCUAUUCGGUCUGGGCCAUUCGGCCUUGGUUAUCCGGGCUCCACCAUUUUCCUCGGCCAUUAUGGUCUCAGCCAUUCGGCCUCAAGUAUUUGGCGUCGGCCAAUUCAGCCUCAAAGUAUUCGGCUUCAGCCAUUCGGCCACAAGUAUUCGACCUUGGCCAUCUGACCUCAGUCAUUCAGCCUCGGCCAUCCAACCUCGCCCAUCUGGCCUCAGCCAUUAGGCCUCGACCAUCUGGCCUCAGCCAUUCGGCCUCGGUCAUCUGGUAUCGACCAUUCGCAUUCGGCCAUUUGGCCUCAAGUAUUCAGUCUCGGCCUUGGCCACCCCGCCUCGGCCAUACGUUCUUAGUGAUUCGAACGCCAUCCGGCCUCGACAUGCAGCCAUCGACAUCUGGCCUCACCAUUCAGCCUCGGCCAUCCGGCCUCAAGUAUUCAGCCUCAACUAUUCGGCCCAAAGUAUUUGGCCUCGGCAAUCCGACCCUAGCCAUUCGACCUCGGCCAUCUAGCCUCAGCCAUCCGGCCUCGAUCAUUUGA